UUUGCGCAUGCUCAGGCGAGCCCUGUCAAGCAGUCAUGGACCCCAAGAGAAAAAGCUGCCAGUCAGUGUUGGCUUUUUCACUUUAUUGCUCCGGAGACGCAGACCGGUUUGUCUAAACCACACAAGCUCGAAGAGAAAUGCCGUGUUGUCCACAGCAGCGGUAGUGGGAAAUAAGAACUGAAGCAGGUAUGUAGAGGCAGCCGUACUCGCAUGAGCUAACGUUAGCUCGCGUGUGCUGCGCGAGGUUACGAGUGAGCCGCGCCUGACGUGCCGUCCCGUCCCGUCCGGUUGCAGGAUGAACGAGAUGAACCUGAGUCCCGUGGGCAUGGACCAGCUGAGCGUGCCCUCCGUGAGCACGAGCCACCUCGGCCUUCCCGCCUCCCCCACGCACAGCUCCAUCACGUCAGCAGGCAUGCCGGUGAUCCCCAGCUUGGCGUCGUCUCUGGGCCCGUUGCCGUCGGCGCUGUCGCUAAUGUUGCCCAUGGCGCCGCUAGCGGAGCGGGGAGUGAUGUCACUAGCGGAGCGGGGGGUGAUGUGCGGGCUGCCCGAGCGCAACUACCCCCUGCCCCCACCCCCCUACCCCCACCUGGAGAGCAGCUACUUCCGCCACAUCCUGCCAGGUAUCCUGUCCUACCUGGCGGACCGUCCCCCGCCGCAGUACAUCCACCCGAGCAGCCUGGGCCUGGAUGCGGCGCUGUCGGUGGGGAGCAGCGGGCCGUCGGGCCUGGACCCGUACGGGGGGGGCGCGGGGGGGGGCCUGGAGCCGCUGGGGCUGGUGGGGGUGGGGGGGCUGGAGGCGGACGCUCGGCAGGUGGGGGGGCCGGGGGAGCACGAGGUGCAGGUGUCCCUGGACGGAGGCCUGGGCACCAUGGAGUCCCGCGGCAGCAGCCCUGGCGGGGGGGUGGGGGGGGUGCUGCCGCUGGAGCUGCCCUCUGCAGUGCUGGAGCAGGAGCAUAUGGGGGGGGCCCGCGGGGGGGGUGGGGGGGCGGAGCUUGGCGGGGGGGGCGUGGUCAGCGUGGUGCUGGCGGGGGGGUCGGCGCUGGGCAUGGGGCUGGAGCAGGUGACCCCUGAGGUCACCCUCGGACCCGACAGCCUCGUGCUCGUCAACACACUGCAGCUCCACGACUCCACCUCCAACAAGGAGAACAUGGCCACCGCCUACAACAUCUGGUGUACGCUGUGUGACCGCUCCUACCCCUCGGACUGCCCAGAGCACGGCCCCGUGACCUUCAUCCCAGACACGCCCCUCCAGACCAGGGCCCGCCUCUCCUUGCCCCGCCCCCUCUGCCUGCGCGUGUCAGUGGCCGACGAGCCAAUCGGUGUGUUUGCGCGGGAGAGUGUUCCGAUCAGGACGUGUUUCGGGCCGCUGGUCGGGCAACACUGCGGCAGCGUUGAACUGAACACCUGGACAGACAAGGACACACCCCACAUCUGGAAGAUUUUCCAUGACAACCUGCAGGAGUUCUGCAUCAUCACCACAGAUGAGAACGAGUGCAACUGGAUGAUGUUCGUCCGCAAGGCCAGGACCACUGAGGAGCAGAACUUGGUGGCGUACACGGACAACAGGAAGCUUUAUUUCUGCGUCUCCAGAGAGAUCCUCCCCGAGCAGGAGCUGCUCUUCUACUACAGCAGAGACCACUGCAGGCAGCUGGGUGUUCCCGUCGUACCUGAGGGGCAGGUGUGCCACUGUGGGAAGGAGUGCUCCUCCUUCUCCGAGCUCAAGGCCCACUUGGGAAGCCACGCCCCCAGCCCUGGCCCCGCCCCCCAGGAGCACCACGCGUCCCACUCGGCUCACGAUCACACCAACCAAUCAGGGGGCAAGCUGGGCUCCGGCUCCGCCUCUUCCUCCCCCUGGCCGUGUCACGGAGGUCAUGCUGGCGGAGGGGGCGUGUCUGUGGGCGUGGCUACGGGACACGUGGGCGGAGCUACGGGGCGGAGCAGGAAGUUCAAGUGCAGCAUGUGCGCGCGCGCGUUCACCACGUCCACCAAGCUGAACACACACUUCAUGGGCCACGUGGGCAUGAAGCCGCACAAGUGCGAGUACUGCAGCAAAGCCUUCAGCGACCCCAGCAACCUGAGGAUGCACCUCAAGAUACACACGGGUCAGAAGAACUUCCGCUGCAGUGUGUGUGAGAAGUCGUUCACACAGAAGGCCCACGUGGCCUCACACAUGGUGAUACACACCGGCGCACGCAACCUCAAGUGUGACCACUGCGACCGCCUCUUCAUGCGCAAGCAGGACCUCAAACAGCACCUCCUCACACACACACAGGAUAGCCAGAUCCGCUGUCCUAAGUGCGGUAAGCGCUUCCUGAAGACGAACCACCUGAAGAAGCACCUGAACUCGCACGAGGGGUCGGCCCGUGACUACAUCUGUGAGAAGUGCAGCAAGGCGUUCCUCACCAAGUACCACCUGACGCGGCACCUGAAGAUCUGCAAGGGCCCGCAGACGGGC